AUGAAUACACAGCCGGGCGAUGCGGCGGCGGUGGUGGUUCCACAACCUUCAAAACGGGUUGCACGGUAUUUGGGGGAAAUGGUGAAGCUGCUGUGGAUUAUGGACCGAACGCCUUCCUCAAACUGGGCUUCUCUUUCCUCAAUGCUCUCGCAGCUGCUGAAGUGCAUCGAGAGCAACAUUGAGGCGGCCGCCGAAGUUUUACCAGAUCCUGUGCUACUCUGCCGCGUCAUUUGGAAGUGCUUUGAGCCGAAGGGUGUAAUGGGCGUGCAUCGAAAAGCCCUUGACGUCUUGCAGCAUCUCUGCUACUGCAUGGGGACCGCACUGCUCAUACGGCAAAUGCCGCUGUUGCUUGUUGGUGUCCUUGAGCUCCUGCCUCAGUGCUCCAUUCAGCUCAAGUGCGAGUUACUGCAUUUUGUGGAGGUCUACAUGCUACGCAGACUCUCCCCUGUGGCCGUGGCUGUAGAACUGCCUGGACUUCUUUCAGGUGUACUGAGUGGCCUGGAGGAAGGCGACACAAGCGACGUAUAUCGUUUUACCCUCCAAAUAAUGGGGACCAUUCACACCAUGUUAAAUAAUUUAGCGGCAGUAGGACCUGUAAUUUCAACUGAAUGUGGGGAAAGCGAGGGCAACCACCACGAGCAGGGCACGUUGUUAGAGAGUAGGGUAGAGGGGAAUGGUGACCGGCUGGUGUACGCCGCACUAUGGCUAACGCUGAAAAAUUGUCCUUCACUGCGUGGUUGUGUCUUGUUGUACAUGAAGCUGCGUUUGUGUGGGGAGCCUCCCCACACCCACGUCGGCAACCGCAGUUCUCUUGCGCUGGAGUGUGAAGAUGGAGCCGCAGAAGGGCAAAAAAACAGUAUUGUAGCUGCCUCCGUAACAACCUCUGUUAUUCUUUCUGGAGAUCCCCGUAUUACCCAUAGCGCCAUUUUUGCUACCCUACAAGAGCCAAGCGAGAGAAAGCAUCGGCUUAUGCUGGACGUUCUCAUCGGCGCCUUACCACUGAAUGAGCAAACAACAUUUACGUUUUCCGAGCGUUCCUUGUUGGUGGCGGCAGUGAUUCAGCUGCUUGGCCUUCCAGAUGUUACUGUUAGCAUUCGUCGACGUAUCGCGGCGUGGUUGACGGGCCCCAUCCCUGAAGAGGCCUCUAUAUACGUGCAAGAUGUAACCUCAUUUCUUGUGGCCCAGGCAUUUCAUGGGGUUGUUUGUUGGUGGGAGUCGAGCUUUGUUCCCGUCGCCGCGAGGGGGACUCGAACACAUGCGAGUCAAGUGAAUCCUCUGGAGGCGUCCUACUACCAGGUUUUAUUUACUUCCGCAUGUAAGCAUUGUCUUUCCCUGCUUGACCCUUCCACCUCUGCAAAGACACGCAACGAUUUAACAGAAGCCUGUGUGAUGCCAACUGUCUGGCUACGCGCUUUUAUGAGUCUUUUUCAGCACGUCUUUGCCUCCGAUGGGGUCGGUGAUGGCGAUGAUGAUGAUAACAAUCUUGGCAAUAAUAAUCCGAAUAACAUUGGUUUUUGUUAUGGUGGUGACGCUGGUCACGCAAGUCAUGCCAAGGGUUGUGACGACGGCGCUGAUGGCUCCGCCAAGGCGACAGGAAACCUUUUUGUGGAUUACGUGAUGCCUUUGGUUAUGCCGUUUGUGUGCGAUUUACUUGUUUUCAUAGGUCUACGGCGACGUGAGGGUCCUUGUCAGAGCAGCGCCAUUGACUCCACUCUCAGUGCACUCUUUGCGAUGGUUACGUGGGAUUACUUUACUCGCUACGAGCAUGACCUGGUGGCGGUACUGGAACAAGGCUUGGAGGGCUUGAGGGAGGUCUUGACAGGCUCACAGGCAAAUUUGAGUGUUGCUGAGACCGCAAGGAACUCCCCGUCACCCGACACACAUGCUAAAGUUCUCUUGGAUUUACAGAUCUGCUUUCAACGACUAAGUGGCCUGACUGCCGUUGUGGAGCCUCACGUGUUGGGAUUAGUGGACAGUGACCUGAAUCGAACCACCGCCUUCCUUCAGGGUGUGUUCACAACCACUCAAUCGCUGUGCAGCAUCGUGUGUGGUGCCUGCGAGACGUUGGAACACGGCACCACUGGGGACGACACUGCCCACUUUACUAUUGCUCAAAGCUUGAUUAAUGGAUGUCUAGAUUCCUUCAACUUUAUUUUUUUUGGCAUGUUCUCCGCUUUACAGGACCGAGUGGAGUUGACAGGGAAAUAUGGCGUGUUACGGGAGAAGGAGGUUGCCUUGUUGGAUGCAAUUAUGCGCAGCUCCACUGCCGUGUCUCAGCUCAUCUUGCGCGGGAGUGACGUGUAUGCGGAGACACUGGCACGUCUCAAUGACACCGCCUUUUCUCUUUUUCGACGCUUGUUACAGUCCAGUAGCAAAACUCUGUCUUUUGACAACGCUUUUGGCGCGUACACAGAAGCGCUGAAAAGUUGGAUGUACUCUGUUGUCUCUGUGGCAAGCUGUACAUGCCCUACAGUGCAGCAACACGCUUUUCAGCUGUAUGUGGAUCUACUGAAUUUAGUUACGGCGCCGCAGGCACUGCGAGGCGUUAUCUGUAUGCAAGAGUUGACGCUGAAGCUGUUACCACGCCUCUGGGAGCUCUUGGGCACUUGCGGCACAGGGGCGCAACCGCAAGUUGUGGAACUGCUGGUUCGCCUGUACGCCAUGCAGGAGGGUCGGGUCAUCCUCGAUGACCUCACAAGCGUGGCCACUACGGAGAACGGGGAGCGUCUGCUGCUGCUUUUUUGCUUGUUAGAUGAGGAACAUAUCUCGGGAAGUUUGUUUCUUCCGGGCUUCUUCAUGAUGCUUCAGGCCCUGGACCACAAGGACGCCUCGCUGCGAUGGCUGGCCCAGUCCAUUGUGCGUCAAUCACUUCCCUGUUUUUACCGCGUGUUGAAUCCAUUAUUUGACCGUCUUGCACGGUAUUUCACGUUCCAGGGCACGACGGAGGAAGGUGAGGUGGCUGAGCCAGUGGACUGCGCUCCCUCGCAUCCUAAUAGUCACAUAUGGCAGAGGCAGGAUAUGCAUUGCUUGAACCCAAUGGAGUUCCUUCGUCUUGUGAAGGCCAUAUUGACCAUUCCGUCUUUUCUUUCUAUGCUUCUCAACCAACUGCACCAGAUGCCACCACCUGAGGGCUCUCGGGCGUUGAUGGCGGCUGUGUUGCCAAGGUCCUCAGAAGCAGGAAGUGAUGAAAGCGGAGAGGUGGACAUGCCUUUAGAUUCCUCUUUUGCAGCUCUCGGUUGCCUGCUUUUGGGUCUUAUGCAGCGGAGUCUCUCACCGCAGUCCGGCGGGACUGUGGGCGACAACCCACAUUUGAACGUUGAGCUAUGUACUGAGGCAUGUGAGACGUUAAACCUGAUGCUGGAGGGAACGCUCUCCCUCCCCGACUCGUCAGAGACAAUUGUACGCACAUGGCACUACACCUCUGUUCACAUGGUGGAGUUCCUCCGUGAGGUGGUGCGGCGACCAUCUUUUUCCAUGGUGCAAGUAUUGAUGCUACGACAUUUCUUGGAAACCGUACGCUUUUUGAAUGCCUUGGAUCCAAUCGUCACAAACUUUCUUUGUGAGUCCUAUGGAGGCAUGCUGGCCAAAGAGGCUUCCCAAGUUGGGGCCUCGGCAACGGUGGCUGACAGGGUGGAGCGAGGCAGCUCUCGCAACUGUAUUUUGGCGCUAAAAAUUCAAAAAUUUUACGAUGCGGCUGCGGCGGGUGUGGAGCAGGCUGCAGCGAGGGCUCUGACGCCUGGCUGGGCUGCCUGUGACCUCCUUUCUCUGUGGUGUAGCACGCUGCUGGACCUCCUACCCUUUUUCCACGAGCAGGGCGAUAAGGCGUUGGUGCACCUCUUGAAGGUGUUUCUCAACGUGCUUGAUCAGCUACUGGUGCAAACCACUUCUCCGAAGGAGUCCACCGCCUUACGAGUGACUGAGAAGUGUCUGAACGGCAUCUAUGGCAUACUGAACUUUUGCCUUGUCGCGGAUAAGCAGGUGCGUCAGUGCCACGCUGCUGGGAAGCACAACCCUGUGAGUUGGUUUGCGGCACAUAUUCCCUUUCUUGGCGGAGGGGACGGGAGUCCCUCCCCUGUGCAGAAGGCGGUGGGCUCAGGUGCGGUGUUAAUCGGGGCUGUGCGGCAUUCUGUACGGCCAGUUUUGUCAACACUCUGUAAGCUGCAUUGUGGUAUGCAUCGGUCCCAUUCACGGGGCACGGCUGGGGAAGAGCCCCGCCGCUACGGGGCCUAUGACUGUGUGCUGGCGUCGCAUGCGGAUAAUGUCAUUCAUCGCGUGUUACGGCUGUACGCCCAAGAAGUGGAGGCGGAGUUCUACAAGGCAUAUAUAGAGGUAUGGGCUGCUGUCCAUGCACCCCCGUUGAAGGAGCUGUUCACUUCGUCAAAAGCUGCGUCUUUGGUAUCAACAAGGAGGCAGUUGUUGCAGGACACCAGUAUCCACACAGCUCAGAUGCCCUCGUUUAUGGUGCCAAGUGGUGACACAACUUUGUUUUCCUCAUCGUCACCCAGUGACUCUGAGAUGAUCGUCCAGUUACUGAAUACAGGAGCGGGGGCGACCGCAUUGUCGCUAAUUCGCGUCUUGGAAGAGCUGCUGAUAAGGCAACGCCCCACUACAACUAAUGCCUUUGCCGCCUCCUCCCGACAUCAUGCGCUGGGGGUGGAGAUGCCAUUUGAUGCUGCUGUGUUUUACUUUUUGCACACCUUCCUGUAUGUGUGUCGCGUUCCUCCCGGUGAUGCCCAGGAUGUAUUAAAUGCGUUGGUUGGUGUUGCCACGCUGCAUCUUUCUCAGGGAUCCCCGUCCAUGGUCUGCUUGCCACUUAUCAUACACGUUCUCGCUCACUUUGUCUUGGACCAAUCGCUUAUGGGGUUGCCGGCCUCGUUCUCGUCGUGCGGAGACGACGAGGCGGGUCGUGUGGAAUGGGGCAGAGACAAGCGUUGCUCACAAAUCAUAUGUAAAGUGCUUGACGCUGUCGCUGCCGUGGCGUUGCACACCGCUUCUGCACAGGCUGAAUUGGUGUUUGUUUUUGAGCUGCUUGCCUUGUCGCUUCCGGCAUUUGCCUGCAGUGCCCUAUCAGACCAAGACCGCGUAGCGAAUGCCGUCUUGAAUUUAUACAAACGUUCUCUUCUUCCUUCCAUCAUGUUUGGCAUCGAGUCACAGAUGGACGUAGAGGUACGUGCUCGCACCCCGCUCGUCAAGGCGGCGCUUUCCGUGUUGCAGGUGAUCGUAAAAUUAGGCGACGCCAUGUUACGGCGGCUUCGACAGGAACUACUUGACACCCUCUUCACGUGUGACAUUUUUCAUUUUCCACAGAGCGUGAUACAUGAGUGGAGUGUUAUCUUCGCGUGUCUGUCGCAGGAUCGGACAUUUCAUGGGGACGCCAUCCAACUCCUUAUGCCGUCGUCUUCUUACUCCAGUCGCAUUGCGGCGUUGAUUCACUCUGCGGAGGAGGAAGAGCGGCAGCGUGAGCGUCAAACAAAACGCCUUGUAUUUUAUGUGACGUGUGUGCCGCCUGCCUCACUGAUGCUGGACAGGGAGUUCUGUCUUUUGAUUCGGGAGUACAUUGCAGACAGCCUUCGCGCGUUACACUCUAUGCUUUCAGAGAAUACCACCAGUAAGUUGGGCUCCGGCUAUCGCUCUGUGCGCCAUUCCCUCUUCCUCUUCCGCGUCUUAUUGACGAAACUAGACCCUGCCCUGCUGCAUCCAUUCUGGCCUAUUGUCCUUCCUGGCGUGCUCCGGGUACUCUCUCUCCCAUCACCGACGAGCGGCGCGGCGGCGGUGAAAGCAAGAACCCGGGACCGGGAGCUGUUGGCGCUGCAGAUGGAAUGCCUUAAACUGCUUGACUUUUUGGUGGUAAUUAUGCCCGGCACAUUUGCGCCGUUUCGUUGGGUGUUUUUUGACGACUUGGAUGCCACUGCCACUAUCUUGUCGAGCAAUACGACGGAGACGUUUGUGCCUAUACUGCACCGCCUGGCACCGCGUCCACUUUUGCGUGCAAUAUCCCUUCACAACGUUUGGGCACCUGCGGUGUCCUCCUCUGAUGUUUUUGCCGCGUGGAGGGGGUACCAGUGGCCUCUCCUGCGCUUUCCUCCUGCAUGCUACAGCAAAAUGCCGGGAAUCGGCGCCUGUGCCGGGACGCUUUCCCUUUUUUCUCACUCUGUUGGUUUUGCAACGGCGGGUGGAACGCAUCAACAGUUCUUGUCUAUUGUGUCUACUCGGCUUAUCGACGGCUGGGACGAGGCGUAUGUGCGUGCGCUCGUGGAGGCGGACUUCUCCUACGUCUUGGAGGAGAACACCUUCAUACCUUCUUCUUGUUGA